AUGGAUUUCAAGUCGAAAACACGGCAGCGGGCUAUGCUUUUGUACGCGGCAGGUCCUGAAGUGGAGGCCAUUUUUGACACGCUACCGGAUAAUGGUGACGAAGAUGACUUUAAGACGGCGUGUGAAAAGCUCACUGAAUAUUUUAGUCCUUCUAAGAAUGUACCUUUCGAGGUAUAUAAAUUUCGUCAAGCUAAGCAACAAGAACAUGAGACAUUAGAUGCAUAUUAUACUAGAUUAUGUACUUUGGCCAAAACAUGUGAAUUUGCAGACACAGAUACUGAGCUGAAACAACAAAUAAUUGAAGUAUGGUUAUCUAACAGAUUGCGACGAAAGAUUUUAAUGGAAAAGCAUUUACCCUGUCACAAAUAUUAGAUUAUGGAAGAGCAUUAGCUCGUACAGAACAGCAGACAAAGGAAAUUAUAAAAAAGGACAUUUCUGAUGGUAAUGAGGAAUAUACUAAUCAAUUACAACAGGAUCAUCGAAGACCUAGAACAACCAGUAAGUACUCGUCAUCAUCUAGUAAGAGAUGUUUUAAAUGUGGACUGGGGUUUCCACACAAGGAUAACCAAUGUCCAGCUGUAGAUAAAGAAUGUUACAAGUGUCACAAAAUGGGGCAUUUUGCUCGUGUAUGUAAAACAACCGGAGGAGCUACUAGUUCAUUCCAGCGUGUUAAUAAUGUUGAUGAACGGCAUUCAUCAACCCACAAAUCAACAAGUAAUUCGAGUAGUGACUCAGACAGCGGUUCAGAACACAUGUUCACAGUUCAACAAGCACAACAAAGUAAGCAUCCCUAUUCUACGAUCCGUGUUAAUGGAGUCCCGAUGAAAAUGAUGGUGGACAGUGGCGCGUCUGUUAACGUUUGGGGUCCUGAGGAUUUCGAACAUUUAAGCAAACAAAGCAAAGAACCAAUAUCCUUAAAAAACCCAACACAAAGAUUCGUGCUUUUGGAGAAAAUAACGACGAGUCUCUACUCUACGCGGAUGUAUUUGAUGGUGUAGGACAUCUUAAAGUGUUUGAACAAAAACGGCACAUUGACGAUAGUGUGCCACCUGUGGCCCAAACAUACCGUAGAAUACCUUUUAAUCUUCGCCCUCAGUUAGAGAAGUGGCUUCAAGAGUUGCAGGAUAAUGAUUUGAUUGAACCUGUCGUUAAUAAAAGUACAGAGUGGGUCAGUGGAGUAGUGAUCGUGCCUAAGCCGAAAACUCCGGACGAAAUACGUGUAUGUGGGGACUAUCGCAGAGUUAACGAAGCCAUUAAGAGGGAACACCACCCUAUGCCUACAAUUGAGGAACUAACAGAUGAUAUGAGCAGUGCAGCUCAUUUUUCUUGCCUAGAUUUAAGAAGCGGAUACCAUCAAAUUGUGCUUAACGAAGAAUGCGUGGUAUAACAACUUUUACGACUCAUAAAAGUCUUUUCCAGUGGAAAAGACUCCCUUUCGGAAUUAACUCGGCAAGCGAAGUGUUUCAAGAUGCUAUCCAGCAUGCAUUGCAAGGAUUGAAUGCAGUUAAAAACAUUGUUGAUGACAUAAUUGUUUGGGUGCGAACUCAAAACGAACAUGAUGCCAAUCUUCAAGCUCUAUUGCAGAGACUAAGAGACACCGGAUUGACUGCAAAGAAAAGUGAGUGCCUUUUCAAUGUGGACAGUUUAUGGUUUUAUGGCAUGAUUCUUAGUAAGAAUGGGAUUAGGCCUGACCAAGAGAAUGUUGUUGCAAUAAAAAAUACACCUGCCCCAAACUAUUUAAAAGAACUUCGUAGCUUCCUAGGCUCGUGAAUUACUAUUCGAAGUUUAUUCCUAAUUUCUCUACCAUUACGGCGCCGCUACGGAAAUCGGAUCGCAAAAAGGUUCCAUGGACAUGGGACGAUAGUCAUCAAGAGGCCUUUAAUCAGGUUAAAUCUUCGCUAUCUGAACAGUGUACGUUGGCCUAUUAUUACCCAAACUGAUCAACGAAUGUUGUUGUGGAUGCUAUUUCUGUAGGCCUAUGGGCUAUUUUGGUUCAACAUGACGAACAGGGCAUUUUGAAAGUGAUUGCUUUUGCUAGUAGAGCACUAACAGUAGUUGAACAGCGGUACUGCAGACAAAACGAGAAGCGUUGGCAUGUGUGUGCGCACGCGAGAAAUUUCAUUUAUAUUUAGUUGGUUGUCAGUUUACCUUGUAUACAGAUCAUCAAGCGUUAGAAAUCCUUUACUCAGCAAAGGCGAAACAAUCUGCUCGAAUACAGAGAUGGGUAUUGCGCCUCCAGCAGUAUAACCACACGGUCAAGUAUCGUCCAGGCACAGGGAAUCCGGCAGAUUUCCUUUCGCGGGCACCAAUUAACGAACCCUCCGGACAGUCUAUUGCAUGCCGAAGAAUAUAUUAACUUUAUAACAGAGCAAGCCAUUCCCAGAACAAUUACCUUGUCGGAGGUGCAAGAAGCGACAAAGAACGAUAAAGAAAUGCAGUCAGUUGGACGAGCACUUCAGUUUGGCAACUGGAAAGACAAAUCCAUAUCAGCUCAUUUUGCAGUACGGCAUGAAAUAACAUCAGUUAGGGGUGUACUGUUGAGAGGACACCGACUGAUUAUACCAAUAUCACUUCAAAUUGAAAUAGAACCUUAGCCCUGGCACACAAGGGACACUUGGGCAUUGUCAAGACCAAACAAAAUUUGAGAAGCAAGGUAUGGUGGCCUAGAUUAGAUGAAGAGGCAGAGCAACAUGUAAAAGAGUGUUUGACGUGCCAAAUAUCUAGUAAUCCUGAACCCCCUCCGCCUCUGGCAGUUAUCCCACCCCCAAUGGCACCAUGGUCAUGUAUUCAUGUUGAUUUCUAUGGACCAGCAACUACAGGAGAGCAUCUAUUGGUGCUGUUAGAUGAAAAACCGGAUUCCCAGAAGUUGAAAUUAUGA